AUGGGACCCGACCGGCGGCUUCGGGUGGCGACCGUUGGUGGGAUGAAAAUAUGUAAAAUUGAAAUCGGAAAAUGUUUGCUUUUCGUCACGCUGCUAACGAGUGUUUGCUUUCAAGGCGCUCGCACCGAUGAGGGAGACCCGGGUGCGACCCCGGCCGAUCCCCACCCACCGCCCACCACCGAACCCGAGACAACCACCGGUUGUCCACCACCCGAUUUGAAGAUUUCGCGACCACGCAAGCAUUACGCCACCACGGAGCCACCCUUCGUCACGUUCGAAACGACGCAGAUCUACCUGCCGCAGGACUUCACCACGGCCGACUUCGAGUUGGUCGAAUCCGGCAGAUCAGGUGGAAAUGCAGGACUUCAUAGCCGUGGUGCCGGUGGCCUCGGGGAUGAAGGUACCGCCCUACACGGAGGUGGCUCCCACGAUACCUCCUUCUGGUGGGAACUGGGCAUCCAAAACGCGGAAGUCCGUGAGUCACUAGCGGCGGCUUCUUUUCCUGCUCGCUCGAAACGUGCCACUCUGGGACACCAAAGGCGGUCUCACGGUCAACAUCGCCAUCGGCGUCGUCGUCGAUCAUCUUCUGGGCCACACGAACACCUGCUCAACCUGGAGGAGCUAUCACCCGCCAUCGUGAUCAACAACAUCUUCAACGAGAACGACAGUGACCACAGCGUGUACGACAACCUGUUCCUGAACGGUGGUCCCGCCGAAGAUGAUCUCGCGGAUGGAAGUGACGGUGAAAAUGCACCCGAUUCAGGCCGAUACCUGGACAAGAACGAGAUCGAGGGCGAGGAGAUCAUCGUCGAGAUGGGUGACAAUGGUAGCAUCAUCCGUCGGCGCGUUAAGCGCAAGUCUGGCAAAACGACGGGUGCACUGAGUCGGGCUAAGGCCGGCAGUGGAGGUGAUGGAGGCAGCAAGAGCAUCGCCCGCCACCACAAGCAAGAUCACACGAGCGCGGAAACCCUGGAAGUGGUCGAGCAUGCCGAGAACGCUGCCCUUGGCGGUGACCAGCAACGGUUGGGCUCGGGCCAGGUCCGGGUGAAGCGCAAGUCCGGAAAAGCGACCGGGGCGCUCAGCCGACCGAAGGGGGCCAGUGACAGUGGCAGUAAGAGUAUUAGUCGCAAUGCCAACAAAGGGCAGUACGACGAGGAUGGCAGUUACGUGCCACCGCUUCCGGAUUCGGCCGAAAACCCCGACCGAGAGGACAAGGAAAGCGAGGAGGUCGAGGAAAGCCCCGAGUUGCAUCAGUUCCGCGAGGUUUCCGAGGUGCGGUUCCCGGGUGAGGUCGGUCCACUCGGAGGCCACCGUCUGUGUAAGAUCCAGUGCAUCCGUGGCCACUGGGUUGGUCCGCUGUGUGCCAUGAACGAGCACGAACAGGACGAACACGGUCAGCUGAAGUUCGAACCGCUCUACAAGCGUUGUGUCGUCGAUCACAUCCCACCUCAUCUGCUGCUGAGCUACAAGAACGUUUCGGUGACACUCGGUUGGGAUCUGCCACACGGACACACCCUACAGGCCCGGUGCCGCGAUCUCGGACUGUACAAGCUGUUGGGCGAAUCGAAGGUACUCUGCUCGAACGGGCUGUGGGCUCCGAAGAUGCCAUCCUGCGUACCGACGACGCUGCUGACUAAUUACUCCGACGACAGUCCACCCUCGAUCCGCAUCAAGGUAGGUGUCGGUUCGGCCGCCUACGAGCCCUCGGGGGUGUUAGCCGUGUUACCAACCAGCACCAUCCACCUGGACUGCAUGUAUCCACGACGUCGAGGCUCACCCGAGUGGACCUGGACCGGAUGGUUCCGGCAGUAUCUUACUGGUUGGUCGGCCGUCCCGGAGGAGAAAGCAUCUCGGUACCGGCUCACGAUCAAGGACAUUCAGAACCAGGACUCGGGCACGUACACGUGCGCUUCGCCCCGUGGACUCACCAACAGUAUCGUCAUCGUUGUCGCCGUGUCCCAGUGCGCCGCCCUGACGGAGCCUAAUCCACCGCUCUCGCUGCGGCUGGAGGGCAUCAAGCUGGGCCAGAGGGCUCUGUACCGGUGUCCCUUGGGGUAUAUGCUGCAGGGCACCGCUAACGCCACGUGUCUCGCUUCUGGAAACUGGUCCUCACCGACGCCAACAUGCCACCCGAUCCAGUGUCCUCCGCUGUUCCUCGAGGAUCCGCACCUGAGUCUGGUCGAGCUGAACACGUCCGCCUGGGGCCGAGCCGUGUUCCGCUGUGCCUGGGGCUACCGGUUGAGUGGCCCACCCGGGCUGGAAUGCGAACCGAACGGGCACUGGAGCGGUCCGAUACCGCGCUGCCGUGCCAUUCAAUGUCCACAGCCACUGGUUCCAAUAAACGGCAGAAUCGACGGCACCAGUGGCCUGACGACGUUCGGUCAGCGACGCUAUGCGGUCGGGGCACUGGUAACGUUCAGCUGCACCGAGGGUCAUCUUCUCGUCGGCGAGGCGUCAAUUGUCUGCACCGAAACCGGAUUCUGGUCACACCCGCCCCCGUUCUGUAAAGCGCAGUGUCCUUAUCCCGGUGAUCCACCGAACGGGCUGAUUGCACCGCUGAAGUUCCACUACGAUCCGGGAGACUACCUGACCGUCCAGUGCCGGCCAGGAUUCGUCGAGCACGGUGCCAACGGUGGCCCCCCGGAACGUCCCCGCUGUACGCCCGAAGGUGACUGGUCCGGUCCCGUGCCGCAGUGUCGCAGCUACGAGGAGAUCUAA